UGGUAAACAAGAUCCCGCUAGUCUGUUGAGGCAUUCCCCCCAUUACACUAGAACUUGUCUCUAAACAAUGUCUCGAUUUACAUUAAUAAUUGUUCUGCAUGCAAUUUAGACGGAGAAGUUAAUCAGCCAAGUUAUUCCUCUCUCUCUGGCAAACAUAAAAGAACUAAUGAAGACGGAUUUAUGGGCGGUGUGCGAUUAUGAAGCAAUAAGCGGAGCCAGUGAAGCUCAGCUGACAGAUGCGCUGGACAAACACAACACCACCACCACAGGGAGCGAGCACUCAGGAGUCAAGGAUAAUGGACAGGUGGCCCAGUCUUGGCCGAAGAUACCCUCCAAUGAGCAUAUUAAAAAAGUGAUUGCUUCGCUGAAGCCAGUGGUGAGAGACUUCAAAGACCAUUGCUCCCUCCUCAAGGCCUGGAUCCGACUGCUCAGUCCCAAGAUAGAGGACGGAAACAACUCGGGAGUGUCAGUCCAGCAAAGUGUGCUCGCUAUUGUGAUCAAAUGCGAGAGCCGAGUGGAGUCGUUCGAAAAUGAUAUGACCGACUAUUUUGCGAGAAGAGCCAAAUUGGUGUCUAAAGUCACAAAGUAUCCUCAUAUUAGUGACUAUGUAGAAGCAGUGAAAGAAACAGACGAGACCAGUUUCGCCAGGUUGACUAGAUACAUAACGACUGAGAUCCUCCAUGCCCAAGCAAGAAUGCUCGACUGCGUAGUGAAAAACUACGCAAAGAUUGUUCGUCCCAGAAGUGUGGAGGACAACCACAGUCGCAUGUACUAGACUGACUAAAUAAGAUGAAACAAUUUUCUGACAACUCUGGAAUGUCACAUACAGCCCUGUACAGUACCAGAAACCAAGACAGUAACAACUAGUUAGAAUGGAGUAGAAAACCAACCAAGUUUCUCCAACCAAGAAAGUACUCCUUGAAAAGUGGCAGUCUUGUACAGAGUCAGUUAAUAUGAUCGACCGUGUAUAUAUGUGAGACACUAGUAAGGUCGGAAGCAAAUGAGCGUAAAUGCAGGACUUUUU